AAUGUCAUAUUGACAAGGAAUUUAUCCACAUGCAUGUUUUGAUUUUUUAAUUACGAAUAUUCUCAAAAUUUAGAUUAAUUUUAAUUGGAAAUGGCGGGGAAUUCUGAAAAAGAAACAAAAAUGCCUAUGACUGAUACGGAGCGGUUGGAAUUGUGUCAGAAAUUAGAUCAAGAGCUUGAUGAUUUUAUAAACAGUUUGGAAAGGAAAAGGUAUACAGAAGGAUGGCCGGAAGAUCGAUGGGAGGAAGAAAUGGAUAAACAUCCAUUUUUUAUGAAGAAUAAUCCUGAUGGUGAUGUAAUGUCUCCGUUAGCGGAAGGUUUGGCAAAACUUAAAUAUGAUCCUGAGGAAAACACGCCAUUGGAAUUGGCAAAUAAUUAUAAAGAAGAUGGCAACUUUAAUUUCAAGCACAAGAAUUAUCGUUUAGCUAUUUUAGGAUACACAGAAGGUAUUAAAGUGAAGUGUAAUGAUCCUGAAAUAAACGCAAGCUUAUACAACAACCGUGCAGCUUCACACUGGCAUUUAAAAAACUAUAGAUCCUCAUUGUAUGAUAGUGAAAAAGCUUUAUUAUUUAAGCCGGAACAUACAAAAGCGAGACUGCGAGCAGCUAAAGCAGCUUGCGAAGUAGCCAAGUACAAUAUUUGUAUACAACACUGUGAGAAAUUACUAUCACAGAAUAACGAUAAAGAAGUUGUAGAAUUAUUAAGUCUGGCAAAAAAGAAGAGGUUGAUACAAGAACGAGAUGAAAGGAAAGAGAAAAGAAAAACAAGUAAGAAGGAAGAAGAAAGGGAUGAGAUAAUUAAAACGAUUAUUGAGCGUGGAAUUAGAGUAUCCAAUUGUGAAGACGAAGAUGAUAUAGAUUUAUCUAAAUUAGAACCGUGUUUGCCAGACUCGCAAGACUGUAUGGUGCAUUUAGAAAAUGGUAUAUUAAAGUGGCCAAUACUUUUAAUGUAUCCGGAAUAUCAGAUGACAGAUGUUGUUAAAGCUUGUCCGGAAAAUGUUCCAUUGUUGAACCAAUUGGAACAAUUAUUCCCAGCUCCUUGGGAUACGAAUAAACAGUACAAUGUUUGGACUGUUAAUGUAUAUUUUGAAGGUUAUGAUAAAAUGCCACAUGUGAUUAAUCCAAAGAAGAAUUUGGGUGAUUUGUUAGUGACGAAAUAUUUUGAACUUAAAGCCGGCACCCCAGCGUUUUUUAUUUUGCCCCGUGGAAGUGAAAUUGAAAGUAGAUUUUUAGAAGUUUAUUUAUAGAUUAAAAUGAAAUAUAUUAUUGUAUAAUGACGGCCAG